CUGAGCUCACACGCGGUACCGGUGGCUCUCGGUGCGGACACUCUGUACAGAUCAUUCCCAGCAAAACACUCGACCCUACAAGUCACGAUGAGGAACGCUUGCCAGGCAUUGGUCUCUUGCCUGUUACUGGUUCAGGUCUGGGAAGGAUUAUGCCAGGAGGAAGUGGUGUGCGGCAAAACGGAGUACAUGGAUGACAGCGGUCAGUGUAUGCCUUGCACAAAGUGUCUGCCCGGAAAGGAGCCAGAUGGGUCGUGUGGAUUCGGUGUCGGCUCCAAGGUUGCAUGCAGGCCCUGCGCCCCUGGCACGUUCUCCAGUCGUUAUGGAUUGAGCCCCUGCAGUAUGUACACACAGUGCGACCAGAAAAAGAGGGUACAUCUGAGAGCCGGGACACCCAGUGCAGAUGCUGUUUGUGGGGACUGUAUACCAAGGCAUUUCCCUCUCGUACCCAAAAGUCCCAACCUCUGUGUGGCGUGCUGGCUGGCUCCUCCAGACACUGUGGGAUGUGAAGGUGAGAGAACGCUGCGGCCUCGAGCUCCUAGGACACUGGAGGCUGCCAGUAACGCAGAUAAGGCCUCUCAGAACAGCACGCAUAAAGGCGUGCCGGAGGAUUCCCGGACUCAGUAUGCCGUGCUGGCGAUUGUGCCCGUCUUCUGUAUGAUGGGCCUGACGGGCAUUUUCCUGUGUAACCUGCUGAAGAAAAAAGGUUAUCGCUGCACCUCCCACAAACCAGACGAGGAGGCCAUUCCUGAGAAAGAAGGUAUCAACCCUUCUAUCCUGUUGGAGGAGAACGGCAAUGAGGACACCAUCGGCGUUCUGGUGCGUCUUAUCACAGAGAAGAAAGAAAAUGCUGUUGCCUUGGAAGAAUUACUGAAGGAAUAUCAGAGCAAGCAGGUCCCCACCAUAGGAAACAAGUCACCUCAAAACAGGAUGCACCUCCUUCCUCAGAUGCCAAACAUCUGCAAGCACCAGCAUCACUUGCACACAGUCCAGGGUCUGGGGUCGCGCUCUGGCAUCUGCUGCACCCGCUGCAGCCAAAAGAAGUGGCCUGAUGUACUGACGACAUCUCAGUCUGCCAACAACAUAAAAUCCAGCAGAAAUGGCUUCAAGUGCUCCAGAUCUGGGGAAAUCACCAUCCUGUCUGUGGGCAGGUUCCGUGUGGCUCGUAUACCAGAGCAGAAGACAAACCCCCCUGAGCUGAACGCCAUUUCUGAAGUCGGUGGUGGAGAUGGCCAAGAUGUCCCCAGCAGUGAACCUCCUGAACAAAGAGUGCUGCUGUGUGAAACCGUGAGGACCAAAAAUCACAGUCUAGAAGACACCAGCAAGCUGGAGGAUGUCAUCUGACUCCGCCCAGCUUGCGUGAACAGCCAUUCACCUGCACAGACACGAAUUGCGGUGGGAGGGUCCUCCUGCCAAUCCGGAGAGGUCUCACUCGGGCGCACAUGGUGGGGAGUAUAUGGCGCAGACCUGUCCACAGCACCACAUUGCACCGCAUUUUAAGUUUUAUUACCCCUCAAGGGCAAUGCCGGAGAAAUUCUCGCCCUCCGCAAGUGCGAUUCAGGGAUUUCUGCGAGUCCGAAGCAGCGGGAAGUGACUUUGAGGGACGCUGUUGUUUUUCAUGAUCCAUCUAUGAAAUAGUCUAUUUUUUACCAAAUGCAGAGAUGGAGGAACCGAACUUUUAUUGCAGCUCAACGAAUGUCAUACGAAGCUCUCAAUAUGGAGGACGGCAUUCGCCAGAGAUGGGAGGGGACAGAAUAGCCUCCAUGUUUAUGUUGAAGGCCCUGUAAACCCUCCAUUUUCUGACUCUACAAACCUGUGUUGCUGCUAUUAUGCUUUUAAUUUCAUUGCACAUUGUUCUCUUCUACCCCCAACACAAUGGACGCUGGUUACGUCCCGUAGAAAGGGGCUUUAGCACUGGAAUGUGCACCCUACUGUAAAAUGUUUACACUACGCUAGGAAAUAUGCGCAGCAGAGCAUGCUGGGAAAUUUACCAUUUCAGCACUGUCAUGCUUCUAUUCCCAGCAUCCUCUGCUGCUGGCAUGACUUGCUGCAGGCUGGCAAGGCAUGCUGGAACUUGUAGCUCUGCAUCAUUUGGAGAAGUACCAGUUG